GAAGAUAAGAAUCUUCAUGUUUAUUAAAAGACGAAGGACGGUGUUAGGCCUACGUUAUCGUUUACUUGCAGUUGAACGGGACUGAUGCUGUCUGUAUAAAUGGAUUUUAAAUCUUUUUUCGUCUAUCAUGAAAUAAUGUUGCAAAAACUAUAAUUCCAUUUUUAGUGCACCGAUAUAGUUUCCUAUGCCUUUACACACAUAGGUUAAAAGACUUGCCAAAACAGAGUUGGACAAACUGCAACAGCAGAAGCAGCGAGCAAACGCCAAAAGCCUUCAAGUCUGGAUACAUCUAAUUCAGGUUUGACAAAAAUAUUGUAACUAGUAUGAUGGCAAAAGCACACGGAUUUGUUGAAGAAUUCUGUCCAGAGAUCCUUCAGUGCAGACGCUGUUUGCUGCCCUACGACGACGAGCGCGUUCCAAAGUAUCUACCAUGCCUUCACACUUACUGCAAACAAUGUUUAGAGGAGGUAAGUGCAUGGAGCUACUGGUUGAACUGCCCCGACUGUGACGUCAGGCUUCAUUUGCCAGAUGGCAGAGUUAAUGGAAUACCCAACAACUUCUUUGUCGAGAACAUCCAAGACUAUUGGUCGAUCUAUGGCAAGGCAACUACGCGCGAAAAUGGUUUGGUCUGCGCCGAAUGUAAAAAAGGAGGUACCGCCGAGCUCUGGUGCACAAUGUGUCGACAAGUGAUCUGUACUGGAUGUGUUGACGCACAUAAAAUGAGCCGCUUGUGCAACCAUGGAAUCUACUGGUACAAGGAUCUACGAUUUAAAAAACACACGCUCUUCUGUAAGAACUGCCAGACUAAAGACAAUAAGGAACUUGCAGUGGCUUGGUGUUGCCAAUGUAUGACGUUCAUCUGCAAGGCAUGCAUUGUUGCUCAUGAACUCGCCACAAUGAUGAAGCAUGAUAUACAACCGUUGACGUCUUUCAAGCCUGAAGACGGCAUGCCAAUGUUGAGACCUCACCUUUUCUGUGAACUUCACGAGACUAUGGAACUGUCGCAUUACUGCUUCGAGAAAAAAUGUCAGAUCCCUCUUUGCGUACUGUGCGCCUCGUCAGAGCAUGCAGACAAUCCACAUAGUACAUCAGAGCUGGAAUUGAGCGCGAAUGGAUUUAGACAUAGAUUAAAGGCGUUCCUUAAAAGGGCAAGAGCGAAAGAGAGCAAAUUAAAUAUCCUGAAAGAGAAUAUUGAAAAAGAGAGAAAAUCGAUUGCCAAGCGGGUAAGAGAAUGUAAACAGAAGAUCCAGGAAUUUAUAGAACAAUGUCAUGAACUUUUGGAUGCCAGAGAAAAGGAGCUUCUGGAUGAAGUUGACGAAAAUUGUAGACAAUGGAAUGAGAAUCUAGAUGAAGAAGUUAGAGAAUUUGAACAUGAUUUUAUACAAGUGUCGACUGGUUGUGAAUUCAUGGACAACGCCCUUAUUCAUGCCAGCCACAUCGACGUUGUCUUCGCGUACAAUGGCCUUGAAGACCGUAUUGCGGAGCUUGCGGAUUGGCCAGUUUCGAAUGGACCAGUGACCAUCGCUGAAAUUGAACUUCAAGACGUAAACCGCAAAGAAUUUAGCGAAAUUGUAAAAUCCCUCGGAAAUAUUUAUACUUUUAACGAACAUGAGUACCCAAGCUACACAGAGGUAAAAGUUCACCAUUGCUUGAUUCAUAGCAAGUGGGGUGUUACCAUACAGACGGGAAAUAAAUAUGGUAUGUGUGAAACUGGAGGAGCUCAAGUUGAUGCAACAAUCCACGAUCCCAGUGCCCGCCAAAUCCCAUGCAAAAUCGUUAACAACCGCAACGGAACGUAUAAUGUUAUAUACACCCCAGAUCACCUUGGACAACUAAAACUGUUUGUGCACGUCCACGGUAAACCGAUAUCGGAAUACCCAUUCCGUGUCGAAGUCGAACCGUUUUUGCUGGUUCCCAUGGAAUCGUUUCUAGAGCAAGAGUCUGUUGUCGAGAUUCAAGUUCCAGUUUGUUUAUGCGGUUACCAUAGCAUCAAACAAUCUGAUAUCACACGAUGCGUUGUGCGUAGUGUUUCAUCUGGUGAACCGCUAUCCAGUGAAAUUGUCAGUGUGCCUGAGCAGACAUCAAAAUUCCUUGUGAAAUUCACACCAAAAGUGAGCGGGCGCCAUACCAUUAAAGUCAUUUUGAAUUGCAAAAUAGGUGGACAGGUAACAAAAAUGGUCGAGUUCAUGGUCAGUCAAUGAGAAUGAGCUCCCACUUGACUCUGCGUCACUAACUGCUGUCAACAUGAAAACUGGACGCACGCGAGUUUCAAGUUGUAGCGUAUAUUAAUUGAUUGAUGUAUUCGCUCGUUACACUUUUAUCAUUAGUAUAUUACUAGGGCCUAUAUAUAUUGGCCUAUAAGCAUAAGUUCGUUAAUUUGUCUAUUAAUUCGUUCAAGCAAAGCUGGCAUAAUAUUAUAUGCCUAGUUUUAAAACAUGGACGUGAAAUCUUAAUUAUAUUUCUACAUUUUAAAACAUGGAUAUGAAAACGCGUCUAGCGCUUUCCAUAAGUCUGAAUAUUUAGUUUAUUAUAUUUACAGAAGACGAGGAUAUUAAAUCGUCUGUAUGUCAUAUCGUAUUUUAAAUCAACCUAUAGGCACCGAUCGUAAUGUCAUACUAUUUGUAUUAGCUUUGUUGUUGUAUUUGUUCUUUAAUGAUAAAAAUCGCAUGAAUAAUUUUCAAUGCAAACGGGAAUGGCUUGCUGUACGUAUUUAGAAUAGGCCUACUACCAGGUAUAUCACUUUGGUCAUAGAUUGAUUGAUGACGC